ACGCAUGCGCAGCUUCCCGACGCUGCCCACAGGCGCUCAGAACAGCUCCAACCAGGACUCAAAAAUAAUGUCGCUUACCGCGGAAGUGAGCUUUCCUGUCACCGAAACCGAGCCCUGGGAGUCGAUUAGGAGUUUGUAAUCGAACCGAAGCAAAGAUUUGACAAGUUUUUUUUUUUUUUUUUGUUGUUGUUGUUUGUUUACUUUGCACUCCAGCCGGUCAUGGGCAGCAGCGGCUGACGGGCUCCCAUCGCGUCAGUGACAGCCUGCAGACAGCAGGGAGAGCUGUGCAGCGGCCGCAACGCAUCUGAUUAUGAGCGCUUCCAAGAAGUGAGGGGAAUCUGGGAGCCGAUUUCUGACUGGAACGGAGACAACUUCAACACAGGAAAGCAAUGGAAGCCUCAGUGGACACCAGUGAGCAGAUGGUGAAGAAAUCCCACAGUGAAUCUCAUGUUCCAGACCCCUCAGACGUCAGGUCUAUGGAAAUGCAGGACCUAGCCAGUCCUCAUAACCGAGUUGGAGGUGGUGAUUCAACAGGCUCCAAACUGGACAAGAGCAACCUGGAAAGCCCUUCCAUCACCAGCAAUGGAACAGGAGGUGAAAACAUGACUGUUCUAAACACGGCUGAUUGGCUGUUAGGCUGCAGCAGUCCGUCCCCUGCCUCCAGUUCCAAGGACUAUGUAAAAACAGAGCCUCUGAACAGCAGCGACACAGUCACAACGACGGGCGACACAGCACUAGACACAUACGCAGGCUCAGUCAUUACCAGUAGCGGGUACAGCCCUCGCUCAGCCCACCAGUACUCUCCUCCUCUCUACCCUUCAAAGCCGUACCCUCACAUCCUCUCCACGCCGGCAGCCCCUUCUAUGCCGUCAUACGCUGGUCAACCCCAGUUCGGCAGCAUGCAGCAGUCCACUGUCUACACAGCCUACUCUCAGACGGGACAGCCCUACGGACUGUCCACUUAUGACCUUGGUGUAAUGCUUCCAGGCAUUAAAACUGAAAGCGGCCUCACCCAGAGUCAGUCCCCCUUGCAGACAGGCCUCAGCUACAGCCCCGGCUUCACCACACCUCAGCCCGGACAGACUGCAUAUUCACCAUACCAGAUGCCAGGCUCCAGCUUCACUCCUUCCUCAGGCCUCUACGCCACCAACAACUCAGUCUCCAACCCCGCCAACUACACUGCCACGCAGCAGGACUAUCCCUCAUACACAACAUUUGGCCAAAACCAAUAUGCGCAGUAUUACUCUGCCUCCACGUAUGGGACAUACAUGACUUCCAACAGUGUGGAUGGCACAGGCUCCACUGCAGCCUACCAGCUGCAGGAUCCCGCUCCUGCCAUGACCGGACAGGCGGCUGAGCUUCACCCAGCGGACUUCGAUACAGUGCAGAGCCCCUCCACGCCCAUCAAAGAGCUGGAUGACAGAGCCUGCCGGAGUGGGGGAUCCAAGUCCCGCGGAAGGGGCCGCAAAAACAAUCCUUCUCCCGCCCCUGACAGUGACCUGGAGAGAGUGUUUGUUUGGGAUCUGGACGAGACCAUCAUUGUCUUCCAUUCUCUGCUCACAGGUUCUUAUGCACAGAAAUAUGGGAAGGACCCUCCCAUGGCGGUGACUCUCGGCUUAAGGAUGGAAGAGAUGAUCUUCAGCUUGGCCGACACACACUUGUUCUUUAAUGAUCUGGAGGAAUGUGAUCAGGUACAUAUCGAUGACGUAUCAUCAGACGACAAUGGCCAGGAUUUAAGUACUUACAGUUUUGCAACUGAUGGCUUCCAUGCAGCUGCAACCAGCGCCAACCUGUGCCUGGCUACGGGUGUCCGCGGGGGGGUCGACUGGAUGAGGAAACUUGCCUUCCGCUACCGACGAGUCAAAGAGUUGUAUAGCACAUACAAAAACAAUGUGGGGGGUCUGCUUGGUCCUGCUAAAAGAGACGCCUGGCUGCAGCUCAGAGCUGAGGUGGAGGCUCUCACGGACUCCUGGCUCACUCACGCCCUCAAAUCCCUGUCCAUCAUCAGCUCCAGGAGUAACUGUGUAAACGUGUUGGUGACCACAACGCAGCUCAUACCAGCACUCGCUAAAGUUCUCCUGUACAGUCUUGGAUCCGUUUUCCCAAUCGAGAACAUUUACAGCGCAACGAAAAUAGGCAAAGAGAGCUGUUUUGAGCGUAUAGUCUCCCGCUUUGGCACUAACAUUACAUAUGUUGUGAUUGGCGAUGGGAAGGAUGAAGAGCAUGCUGCCAGCCAGCACAACAUGCCUUUCUGGAGGAUAUCCAGUCACUCUGACCUGCUGGCGCUUCACCAAGCACUGGAGUUUGAAUACCUGUAACUGUCAUAGCAAUAUGGACUCAUGCAACGUUACCAUGGAAAUGGUCAGCCAGGCAGCCCCCUUCCUCCUUUUGUAUUACUAUUUAAGAACAAAAGCACUCUACGCUGCAACUGUUUGUUUUCUCAUCUUUUUUUUUCUUUUUGAAUGUCUGAAUAAUUCUGAGCGGUCUUAAGCAAAGAGGUUUUUAGAGGGGUAGACAAAGGGGUCACCUUAGCAACCUGGUCCUGAUGCAGGAACAACCCUCUGAAACCCCCAGUUUAGAAUGUCUAUGCAGCUGAAGCACAAAGGCGGAAGAUGAAGAGCUACACGGAGCAUCCUGGGAGCAGCAAGGCGUCACCUGGAACGGAGCAUCUCUACCUGAAGGCUUCUCUGUACAAACAAAUACUGGGACUUUAAAAAAAAUAAUUUUCUUCCUGGUGGUAUAAUCACAACACAAUGCUGUCUGUGGUAUAAAAUGUAAAUUAUUUCCAAUAAACGUAAAUUACAGAUCA